AUGUCCGGAAUUUGUAAAGCCCGCCUCACCGAAGAACGUCGACAAUGGAGAAAAGAUCAUCCAUACGGAUUUUAUGCACGUCCCGUAAAAACUGAAAACGGUUUAGAUUUAUUGAAUUGGCAAGUGGGCAUUCCAGGAAAAAAGGGGGUAAAUCAUUGGUGCCAUUUCUUAAUUCCUUCAAACUAUUCUUACUCUCGAACACCAUGGGAAAACGGCGUGUUUAAGAUGACGAUGACGUUUCCAGAAGAUUAUCCAUCCAAACCACCGAAAUUUAAAUGGCUCCUUAUGGGUAAAUUUGUACCUGCUCUCUUCCAUCCAAACGUGUAUCCUUCCGGAACUGUUUGUUUGUCAAUCUUAAAUGAGGAAGAAGGAUGGAAACCCGCAAUUACCAUUAAACAGAUUUUAUUGGGCGUUCAGAAUCUUCUUGAUGAGCCGAAUCCUGACAGCCCCGCUCAAUCUGAUGCAUACAUGCUGUUCAAAAAGGACCGUGUGGCAUACGAUAAAAGAAUCCGACAACAAGCCAAAGAGAAUCCUGCAUAA